AGGAAGGGCGGCGUUUCACUUCUCUCCCUCUCCUCUCCGUCGUCGAUUUCCUUUUCCCCACACCUCGUUACUCGUCCCCUCUUCAACUUCCGGUUCUCCCGCCGGAAAAAUGGCCCCCAUCGACCCUCACUCCUUCUCCGACGCCGCCCACGCCUUCGUCUCCCACGUCUCCCUCGCGCUCUACUUCGAUUUCGCAACCACCACCAUCGACGGCACCGCCCUCCUCUCCCUCUCCCGCCCCCACACGGGCUCCCUCUCCCUCGACACUCGUUCCCUCGCCAUUCACUCCGUCGCCGACCCGGCCACGCUCGAUCCGCUCCCCUUCUCUCUUGACUCCAAUCCCGACCCCAUCAAGGGCCAGCUCCUUUCCGUCACCCUCUCCGACCACCACCAUUCCCUCCUCGUCCGCUUCUCUACCCAUCCUUCUUCCUCCGCCCUCCAGUGGCUUUCCCCUCCCCAAACCUCCGGCAAGCGCCUCCCCUACGUCUACACCCAAUGCCAGCCCAUCCACGCCCGCUCCAUCUUCCCCUGCAACGAUACCCCCACUGCCCGCAUCCGCUUCUCCGCCCUCCUUAACCUUCCCGGCCACAUGUCCGCCGUCAUGUCCGCCGCACACGUCCGCCGCCGUCCUCCAGCAGCGGGAGAGGGUCCCGACGACGAGCGGUGGUGUGCGGAUGGCCGCGUCGUUGAAGAGUUUCGGAUGGACCAGCCCAUCCCGCCCUACCUGUUCGCAUUCGCCGCAGGGGAAAUCGUGUCCAGGGAGGUCGGUCCGCGGACGAGGGUCUACGCAGAGAAGGAGUCGCCGGUGCUCGAGGCGGCGGCUGCGGAGUUCGCGGAAACGGAGGCGAUGAUCAGGCAAGGGGAGAAGCUGUUUGGGGAGUAUGAGUGGGAGAGGUUCGAUCUGUUAGUGCUCCCCCCGAGCUUCCCUUACGGGGGAAUGGAGAACCCGAGAAUGGUGUUCUUGACGCCGACGGUGAUCGCCGGAGAUGGGAGCGGCGCGCAGGUGGUAGCACAUGAGCUGGCUCAUAGCUGGACUGGGAAUUUAAUCACCAAUGCCAGCAACAACGAUUUCUGGCUUAAUGAGGGCUUCACGACCUACGCCGAGAGAAGGAUUGUGGAGGUCGUCCAGGGCGAGGAGCGCGCCGCUCUGAACAUUGGUAUCGGAUGGAGCGGCCUGAAAGAAGAAAUGGAGAGGUUCAAGGACAAUAUGGAGUUCACCAAGCUGAGGACCAACCAGGAAGGAAUCGACCCCGACGAAAUCUACUCCCGUGUGCCAUACGAGAAAGGAUUCCAGUUUCUGUGGCGGAUCGAGCGCCAGAUUGGUCGACCUGAUUUCGACGAAUUCCUCAAGAAGUACAUUGCCAAAUUCAAAUUCCAGUCGAUCAAUACGCAGACAUUUUUAGAUUUCUUGAAGGAGAGUGUUCCGGGCAUUGAGAAGGACAUCGACCUCGGUGCCUGGGUAGAUGGCACCGGAAUUCCGGCCGACGCCAUGGAACCAGUUUCAGCUCUCUACGCCAAGAUCGUGUCGCUCGCCAAGGAAUUUAAGCUCGGAAGGAUGCCAACGGAGGAAGAGACUGCGGAUUGGGGAGGCCAAGAGUGGGAACUCUAUUUGGAGAACCUGCCCAAGAAUUCUGAUCCAUCUCAGGUCCAAGCACUGGAUGCUCGCUACGUGCUAGCGGAACACAUGAACUGGGAAGUGAAGGUGGCGUUUCUGACGCUGGCGGCGUCUGUCGGCCUGAGGGACUACCAUGCCGCCGUCGAGAAGACGCUGAAUUCGGUGGGGAGGAUGAAAUAUCUGCGCCCUCUUUACACUGCUCUGGUCACCGGCAAGUCGAAGGAUGAAGGGCAGAUGCUGGCCAAGAGGGUGUUCUCGGAAGCCCGAGAUUCUUAUCACCCGAUUGCCCAGGGAGUUGUGGAGUCCAUCCUCUGCAAGAACUCAUGAGCAGAAGGCAUAAUCUCUCAUCGCGCAUUUUGUGUUUGCUUUUUCUUUUUUCUGGAGGGCCUUCUUCUUGCUCUCAUCCUAAGAUCUUGCUUUCUGUGUGGUGCACAACUCUUUCAUUGCUUGAGGUAUGUAUAUUGGAACGAAUGAAGCAUGUGUUAUUAUACUCUAGAAACAGAAAGUGUAGAGAUGUCAUUUUUUUUUGCA